CGUCGUAAAUAGAGUAACGUAAAAACUGCUUUGAUCCCCGUCAUCGUUUCUGCUAGCAGUGCCGUCGAGUAGCUAAAUUCCUACCUCGAGCUGGGCCAAGUGAGAAUUUCAUCAGCACAAAACACUCGCGGGCCUCAAGCGAACGCACAAUUGUACGAGUUUGUCGAUUGCGAAUACGGGCUGCUAGCCAGUUUUGCCAGCGAAAAUUUCCAUCGAAAGCUCAGGAAGCGUAUCGGGUCGUUGAUUGACUUGCAAAAGGGAGGAAUAGCUGUGUGUGAGAGCGCGUGUGUAGUGUGGCCUUUUCAACUGGUUCAAACAUGGCGAAGCUUGCUCAGUUAUUAAAUAUUGAACCGGCGAAUGAGCUCAAAUUUCAGGGACCGUUUCGGACUGCGGUUGCAUCCUACAUGCGACUUACUAAUCCAACCGACCACGACAUCUGUUUCAAAAUAAAAACAACCGCCCCUAAAAAGUAUUGCGUGCGUCCCAACUGUGGCACACUUGAACCCAAAGAAUCACAGGAAAUAGCCAUUGUCCUUCAACCGUUUAUAUUCGAUGCGAAUGAAAAAAAUAAGCAUAAGUUUAUGGUGCAGUCGAUGGUCAAGCCGGACGACGACGAUGUCAAUCUGGAAGACUUGUGGAAGAAAUACCCCGAGAAGUUGAUGGACUCGAAGCUCCGUUGCGUGUUUGAGGUACCGCUGGAUAACAGUCAACCGGCUCAGCAGGCUUCAAAGGAUGCGUCGAAUAGUCAGAAAGCUAGCGCCGCGGCAGACAACGAAAUGUUCACUGGGGAGUUUGUGAGCCAAAAAGCACACAACACCAAUCACGAGGAUGAACCGGAGGAUGAGACCGUGCAGAAAGAGCUAAAAAAACUGCGUGAUGAGGAGCGGGCUUUACGCCAGGAAAAUUUGGAGCUGAAGGAACAAGUGCUACGGCUUCGUCUGCAAGCGGACGGGCGGGCUAAGGAACAGCGGGCGGCAGGUACGUCCUCUGCCGUUACUGCUAGCGUUACUGCCGCCGCCGCCGCUGCCAGAUCGGCCAACACACCAGUGCACUACACAGACCCGUACUCUCCCCCACCGCAGGUGCGCGGUCGCCUGCACGAGCACAUGGAGCUCCUCAUGGGCAUCGUUGCCAUCUGUACAUUGCUUUUCGGCGUGCUGAUCGGCAAGUUCACAUUCGGCGAAAGUAGCAAAUAAAGUUAAAUUUCUCAACAGUGCUGCUGCAUAUCCGCGUGCACCGAAAGGGUGGAGUGGUGGCGGUGGGGGGGUGGAGUGGAGGCGCAGCAAACCGCGGUGAUGGUGGCGGAUUGGGAUGAUUUAGUCGGACACGUCAACAUGGCGCGUAUCGUUGCCCCGGAAACCGGAAGGAAAGGCAAGGGGUGUGGGCUAACAAUGAGAAACCAUUUCACACAUUACUUUGAAAGAUAAGAAAAAAAAAAACUGGUAGAAACUAUAUGUAGCGUAAGUUCGGUAUUGUUCGAAACAGAUGCCCAUAAGUAUCCAACCUUGCAAAUGGAAGAUGACAUGACGAAUUAUGGUUGAUGAAAUACCGAACGAAGAGAACAACGUCACGUCGAGCUAACCAGCUGAGAUGUACAUUGAGCGCCAAAAUUGAUUGUUAAUGGAAUCACCUGCAGGCGCAGGGCAAUGUCCAAGAAGCGUGCAGAAUGGGCAAAAGAAUUAAGCCAUCCAGUGAACUACUAGAGGUGUACGUACGUUUAUCCUUCUUGCUGCAGCAGCGAUCAACAGCGAUAAUAAAUUGGAAAAGAGCGCGCAGAACGUAAGGUUAAUUAACAUACAAAGUGAAUGAAUCAUGAAUAAAGUGAAAAAUCUGGCAUAUACUACUGGGAUGAAACAAUUACCUUUCCCUUCACUCCCUAUUGACUCCGAAUCCUUCUUUCCCCUCAUUCAGUCAUUCAUUCGUUUAGUUGUGCGAGAUUGCGCUCUGUUCUUGGUGUGGUACGAAAAAACCUACGUUAUUAACUCGCGAACCUGGUGUUGAAAGCGGUAAAAGAAAGCGAAUGAAAUAAAAAUGAAAAUAGUUAUUCCCUCUUUCCAAUGUUGUCGGAGGAGUUUUGAACUUUCGGUAGAAACAUGGUACACCAGCUUAGCGCAGCUUAACUAGUUUAAAUGCCUAACUUAAAUAAAAAAAGAAAAUCACACGAAAAGAAAUCCAACAUACAAAAAACCACGGUGUUGAAUAUGAACGAGAACGACGGUGACGAUAAUGAUGAUAAUGAAGUUGACGAUGAAACCGAUGCAAAUCACACAAUUAUGCUGGUGAAGAUUAUGUUGACGAGGUUGAUGGUGGUGAUGGUGAUUGGUGGUUGAUAAUGACGAAGGUAUAAAAGCAAAUAAAAGUAGGUGUUGAAGCAUCCCAGAUUGAGAAGUGAGUAAACUAAAAAAAACAAAAAAAAAAAAACAAACGAAAGCAAACUGCAUUCUGCUAGUUUUUAGUUAGCUUCGGUUUUGAGUUUUCACCGCUGAUUUUGAA